AUGAGUUUGGGGAGAUAUGUCUUCUUACUCUGUAGCAUUGAGUUUUUAUUAUGCAAAGCCAAAUUGAGUCUGCACUCUCACUAUCCGAAUGUCGCAAGAACUUUGGAAAACAAAAAGUUUUACGUUGACAGUCCGUCGUGCAAAAUGCCCAAAAUGGAUCCUUUUUCCGCGGACAUUAUGCGAUUCUUUAAACGAAAGCAAUUCAGGGAGUGUAGCAGUGAUAAAGAUUUGCUCAUAAGUGAGUUCGAUCCGCAUCUGCGACAAUACAGGAUCCAAAUUGAUGAGAACUCUGCUCAGCAGCAUUUAAAGAAGUUCGGCAAUGCAACACUCAAGUGCGAAUAUCAGGUGAUAGGUCGCAAUAAAAAGGAUUCCUUUCCGGAUAUUCACUUUAGUCUUUCCAAACCACAACCCUUGAGUGAGUCCUUUCUGGUACCCAAGACAAUAGACUUUAUCUGCACCCAAUGCCACGCCGUUCAUGGAACCACUGAAUUGGAGCUUCUGCAGAAGGACGCCUUUCUAUUUGUACAGGAUCGCCUGAAUCACGGGCAUAAGAGUCCGGAGGAUCAUCGUCCAGAUUUGGAGUCCAAGCCCAAUGUGAUCAUCCUGGGCAUUGAUUCCACAUCCCGCAUGAACCUGCGACGCUCCAUGCCCAAGGUUCACAAAUUCUUGCAGAGACCAGGAUGGUUUGAGAUGCAGGCUUACAAUAAGGUCGGUGAAAAUACGCUGCCUAAUCUUCUGGCCAUACUCACUGGAAAUGCCGAGGAGGACGCCCUCUUCAAUGGUCGUUUUAGGCACAGCGGAUUCAUUGACAAACUGAAGUUCAUUUGGCAGCUGUUUAAGAAGCAUGGCUACAUGACAGCUUUCGGAGAAGACUGCGGUAAGAUCAACACAUUUAACUACCAGAAGCCGGGAUUCAAGCAACAGCCAGUGGAUUACUAUCUUAGAAACUUUAUUGUGGCUUUGGAAACUAUUUUAAAGACCAGGCGUGAGUUUGGAAAUGUUUUCUGCCUGGGACGAAAGUUGGGUUUCAAAUACGUAUUCGACUUUGCCAGGCAGUUCAUGAAACGCUUUGAGAAUUCAGCGCCCGUAUUUGGAAUCUUCUGGAGCAAUAGUUUCACCCACGAGGAUUUCCUAGGAGCCACUGCCUUGGAUCACGUGUUCUUGGAAUACCUCACGUUGUACGAUGAACUUGGCUUUUUCAAUCGUUCCAUAGUAAUGGUGUUGAGUGACCAUGGUUAUAGAUACGGUGUGACCCGGCAGGCUUCAAAAUCCGGUUAUCUGGAAGAACGUCUUCCCUUGAUGUUCAUACAUGUUCCCCCAUGGUUCAGAAAGAGAUAUCCCCAGUAUGUGGAAAACCUAAAGAUCAACCAGAAUCGGUUGUCCUCCGGCUUUGAUCUGCACAUGACCCUGCACCAUCUACUCCAGCUAAAUGCCACCUCCAUGACGGAUUUCAGUCCAAAGCUCCAGGCAUCGCAGUGUAAAAUGUGCCAAUCCCUGUUCUUCCAACUUCCGGAUAACAGAAACUGUUCUCACGCGGGAAUCCGUGAAAAGUGGUGCUCCUGCGAACCCACUGAAACGGUAACCAACCCAAGUCUCCUCAAAAAGGUGGCUCAAGAGGUGGUGCAUCAGAUGAACCAUCAUUUGCGGGAUAGAAAUCUCACUACGCUUUGCGAGAAUUACACUUUAAAGAAGGUCCUCUACUUGGAUAGCAAAAUCUCAUUGAGCGACGACUCCCUCGAGGACCAACAGCUGCACACCUACGUAAUCACAUUCGACACAAAUCCAACUUCAGCGCAUUUCGAGGCCACUGUACAGUGGAACACGGAAAGGCAAACCUUGGCCAUGAAUGUGGACGAGCUGAGUCGAUUGGAGUCCUACGAGAAGCACAGCAAGUGCACAAGUGAUCCAAUAAUCAAGAAGUAUUGUAUAUGCAAAGCAUUUAAAUAAAUAUUCUAUAAA